AGAUUUCAGGUUAUGUAUAAGCAUCACAAAUGACCAAACAUAACCUCUUCUUUUUACGAUCUCUUAAUAUCUUCGUAAUUUAGUAAUUCCACCUCGCAUGAAUCCGUAUUUCUGCUCGCAUAAGUUAUUACGGCAACUUCUACACUCGAGUAAAUUAUUCAAUUUUGAGAGAGAAGUUGUCGACACAGGGAGCAACAAUUGUAGCUUCUACUCCAAAUACACGAAAUGAAAUAGAGUUAGGGCUCAUUUCCUGAGAUGACACGCUGGCUUUCAACGGCUUCGAAAAUUCGUAAUCGCCGUGUGGUCGUCACAGGAAUGGGGGUCGUUUCCCCCCUAGGUGUCGGCCUCAAAAACUCAUGGAAAUCUCUGAUCGAUGGAAAAUCUGGUAUAAAAAAACUCGACAGAGAAGAGUACGAAAAAUUGCCCUGCAGAAUUGGGGGUCUGGUUCCUAGAGGAAAUGGGCCAACUGAACUGAACAUAGAUUCGCAUUUCUCAAAGGGUCAGUUGCGGACCAUGUCCAUGGCGACAGUAUACGCUCUGGUUGCAUCGGAAGAAGCACUGAACGAUGCGAGCUGGAAGCCGGUUGAAGAGAAAGAUAAAGAAGAAACUGGCGUGGCUGUCGGGGUCGGGAUGAUCGAUCUCGUUGACGUAUGUGACACUAAUGACGCUCUGAAAAAAGGCUACAGUAAAGUUAGCCCGUAUUUUGUUCCAAGGAUUUUACCUAAUAUGGCUGCUGGUCAAAUUAGCAUCAAAUACGGAUUCAGAGGCCCUAAUCACGCUGUUUCAACUGCCUGUGCGACUGGGGCACACGCCAUUGGUGAUGCUUUUCGUUUUGUACGUGGGGGUGAUGCGAGUCUGAUGGUCUGUGGGGGAGCAGAAGCCUGUAUCAGUCCAUUAGCCAUUGCAGCAUUUUGUCGAUUAAGGGCCUUGAGUACGUCGCGUAAUGAGUCACCCCAAGAGGCAUCGAGACCCUUUGACAACGACAGAGACGGUUUUGUAAUGGGUGAAGGGUCUGCCAUAUUGGUUCUAGAAGAAUUGGAACAUGCGCUUGAAAGAAAUGCUAGAAUUUACGCAGAGGUAUUGGGGUACGGAUUGUCGGGUGAUGGCGCGCACCUCACUGCUCCCAGGGAAGACGGUUCGGGGGCAUUUUUAGCUAUGAGGAGAGCAAUGAACGAUGCCUGCAUUGAACUUGGCCAAGUCUCUUAUGUGAACGCUCAUGCAACUUCGACCCCACUUGGUGAUGCGAUUGAAGUCAAAGCCAUACAAUCCCUGUUUUGUGAGCACAGUGAAAAUCUGAUGCUAUCUAGCACGAAGGGAGCCCAUGGUCACUUGCUGGGAGCUGCAGGGAAUUUAGAAGCUGUAUUUACAGUGAUGGCCAUCAAAGAAGGACUUGUUCCACCGACGAUUAAUUUGAACCAUCCAAACUGCGAAUCAAAGAUCAAUUUUGUUAGAAAUUUUGCUAGAAAAUGGGAGGGAACAUCGAGAAGAAUCGCUCUGAAGAAUGCAUUUGGGUUUGGCGGAACAAAUGCCUCUUUGUGUAUAGCUCAAUAUAUUCAUUAAACGGUUUCUAGAAAUCCAGUAAAGCUUAUGCUGCUUGUAUAUUCUGUAAAAAUUGACAAAAUAAGUAAUAUUCUGGGUAGGUAUGUACAUUAGCUUUGUUGGAGCUUCGAUAUUUAUGCAUCAAUUUAACUUUUUGCAAUGAUUGUACGUGUAUUAUUCACGUUUAAUAAAAAUUAUAUUAUUUAA